AUGUUGAACUCGAGCGCAAGUUCUGCCACCAUAGUUGCUGUUGCUGUCCUCGAGAAUGGGAGGUUUUGCGAAGGUCAAGGCAGGGCUCUCAUUUUUGAUGCUCAAAUCUAUCUAGGCAAUUAUUGUCCUCCGUUGCUAGCUGCAUUGAAGUACUUUAAUGCUGACAACCAGGCUUUCGAUCCUGUCGGCUUCUACAUUGUCAUUGCGAGAUUGAUUCCCAUUGCAAAGGAUGGUGUUUCUCCACUAUACACACCUUACAUCGAGAUCUGUGGCACCGUCGAGCAUGUCAAUGACCUCACAAACACAUUUUCCAUAGACGCGCAUCAGUAUGUCUCGAGCCUUCGAACCAACUCCACCGGAGCAUCAAGCACCGGUCAACGGCCUGUCAAAUCCAUCCUGCUAGUUGAAUGUGGCUUUCCGAAUACAGCACAGUGGACAAAGUCAGGCAAGAAGCUCACGCCCCAGCCGCACUGUUACAUUUCUGUCACUGGUUUUAUUACCGGAAGAAAGGUCAAGACUGUUGAAGGAUCUGAACCUGAAACUGAUAGGUUCACAGUCGAGGUGGACUCAAUUGUGUUCCUAGGGCGUCCUGUCAUCACAAAGUUGUCGGGCAGCAUCUCGGCUAUAACAGAGAUCAGGUCCUUCUACAACCAAAGGACUGAAGAAAACUGA